AGAGCCUGGCAGUCCCGCCGUGAUGGACGAAAUUCAUGCUGUCAGCGACGGCGCCGAUGCCAAUCGUCCAGCCCCUGCUACGGUGGAAGCAGAUGCCGCCGAUCACCGCACGACCUCCGAACAAGAAUUUGAGCUCAUUCCAGCUGCAGAGCCUAUCAUCUCACGUUCAUCCAGUCAGUACUCGUUUGACGAUGUUGAUGGCUCGUUCCUCGAAGAGGUUGAGGCUAUAGAGGCGAGCUUCGUAGAGCCUCUCCACGGUCCGGGGACUUCAAGGCAAAAUGCGCAACAGCAUGGAUCUACUGAAGACGGUCGUUCUACACAUGCGACCGACACAGGUCUGUUUCCAACAACGUGUGAUACCCCUACCCUCAGCUCAUAUGCCAUGGUUCUAGUAGCAUCUCGUGUGCUUAAUAUACCAUCCAAUUUGUCAGGUACCGCAUCUUUCGAGCGUCGCGUUACUGUGUGUCAUAGGAUGUCCUACAGCAACCACCUCCAUGAGAGCUCCAAUGCGCGCUGCCUCGACCACAUCAGGACGUCAGCUAUAUCCAUCUUUACGACUCGGUGCCCAGCGCUGAUCAUAUGCGCUUAUCAGAGUUAGGCAUCGCUGAAGACGGAGCAGAAUGCCCACCAAAGGGCGGAGCCUUCAGCUCACCACGUAAGAGAUGCCGCGCCGAAUUCUCCGAAACCGAGCC